AUGACAGAUACGGUGCCUAUCGAUGUUGCAGAACCUCGUGGAACUCCGCAACAGAUCCAGCCCCGUCAUGACAAUGAAUCCGAAAAAACGGUUGACAUUGAGGAGAGUCCUUCCACUCUCCCAAAGCUAGACGAACCGCUCCCGGAUGGCGGCUAUGGCUGGGUAUGCGUUGCUUGCAAUUUCUUCAUCAAUGCACACACCUGGGGAAUCAACUCCUCGUAUGGUGUCUUCCUCUCCUACUAUUUGAAUCACAAUUAUUUCCCUGAUACGUCCGCUCUGGCCUACGCCUUCAUUGGCGGUCUCUCCAUAUCUCAGGCCAUGUUCAUCGCCCCUCUGGCCACACACAUCAUCCACCUCUACGGCUCCAAAGUAUGCCUACAUUUAGGUGUCUUCUUUGAAACACUCUCCCUUAUUGGCGCUAGCUUUGCGAAGCAGAAAUACCAGAUCAUCCUGUCGCAAGGAUUCUGCUUCGGUUGGGGCAUGGGGUUUUUGUUUGUGGGCUCUGUCGGUAUCAUACCACAAUGGUUCACCACAAAACGCAGCGUCGCAAACUCGAUUGCUGCGGCGGGCUCCGGUCUUGGGGGCUUGAUGUAUUCCCUCGUCACCCAGCGGAUUAUCGAUACAAUGGGCCUCCCUUGGGCUUUUCGUAUUUUAGGAAUCUGCUCCUUUGCGGUCAAUUUGACAGCAUCAAACCUCCUCCGUGACCGCAACAAACAAACCGGAUCGCGCCACAAGGGAUUUGAUGCCAUAAUCCUCCGCAAGCCCGAGUUUCUGCUCGUCCAAGGCUGGUCCUGGUUCAGCAUGUUUGGCUACACAAUCCUGCUCUUCUCACUCCCCGCCUACGGGCGAGCCAUCGGCCUAAGUGCAAAACAAGGCUCUGUCCUUGGGGCAAUCCUGAACUUGGGUCAAAUGCUCGGUCGGCCUUUGAUCGGCCUGUCUUCUGAUCGCUGGGGUCGCAUCAACCUUGCGGCAUUCCUCACUGUCUUGUGUGGCGUUUUCUGCUUCGCCUUUUGGAUUCCCGCCGAGACAGUGUCGUCUCCAAUGGGUCUGUUGUGUUUCUUCGCUAUCGUUGGUGGCGCUCUCGCGGGGACCUUCUGGACCACCAUCGCCCCCGUUGGCGCCGAGGUACUGGGCCUUCAAGACCUACCUGCUGGAUUGUCGCUCACAUGGCUGAUCAUGGUGCCGCCUACGACGUGUGCAGAGGCGAUCGCCCUGGAACUACGGCGAAGGAAUACGGAGAAUUGGAUAUACCUCCCGCCCCAAAUCUUCACCGCCUUCAUGUAUAUUGGUGCAGGAUUGUGCUUGUGGGUAGUCAGAGGAUGGAAAGUUGGCGAACUGAAGUGGAAAGCACGAAUGGCGAGGGAAAGCGAACGGAGGCAAGUGAGGAUCCUGCUAGAAGAGAAGCACCCUGUGACGGAGAAAGACGGUGUGGGGGAGCCAGCGAUGCGGGAAGAGAACGCGAAUACCGUCGAUCGUGAUGCCGACGAUGUAGAGGUCCAACGAUUUAUGAGAAGGGAGAUCUGGGGUCCACGCAAUCUCUUUGCGAAUAUGAUGGCGUGGCAAGUUGUAUGA